UUCUUCUUCUCCCUGGCCGGCCCGAGCGGGGAACAGCAGUCCCAGGAUGCAGUUUGUGUCAACACGGCCGCAGCCCCAGCAGCUGGGCAUCCAGGGCCUGGGGCUGGACAGCGGGAGCUGGAGCUGGGCCCAGGCCCUGCCCCCGGAGGACGUCUGCCACCAGGAGCCGGCGCUGCGCGGGGAGAUGGCCGAGGGAAUGCCGCCCAUGCAGGCUCAGGAAUGGGACAUGGAUGCCCGGCGACCGAUGCCUUUUCAGUUCCCGCCCUUCCCAGAUAGGGCACCCGUCUUCCCUGACCGCAUGAUGCGAGAGCCCCAGUUGCCCACAGCAGAGAUCUCGCUCUGGACCGUGGUGGCCGCCAUUCAGGCGGUGGAGAGAAAGGUGGAUGCCCAGGCCAGCCAGCUGCUGAACCUGGAGGGACGCACGGGGACAGCUGAGAAGAAGCUGGCCGACUGUGAGAAGACAGCAGUGGAGUUUGGGAACCACAUGGAGAGCAAGUGGGCCGUGCUGGGGACCCUGCUGCAGGAGUACGGGCUGCUGCAGCGGCGGCUGGAGAACUUGGAGAAUCUGCUGCGCAACAGGAACUUCUGGGUCCUGCGGCUGCCCCCGGGCAGCAAAGGGGAGGCCCCUAAGGUUCCGGUGACUUUUGUGGACAUUGCUGUUUACUUCUCGGAGGAUGAGUGGAAGAACUUGGAUGAAUGGCAGAAGGAGCUUUACAACAACCUGGUCAAGGAGAAUUACAAAACCCUGAUGUCCCUGGAUGCCGAGGGUACAGUGCCCAAGCCAGAUGCUCCUGCCCAGGCUGAGCCCAGGGAAGAGCCUUGUGUGUGGGAGCAACGUCACCCCGAAGAAAGAGAAAUCCCCACAGCCCCGGACACAGGAGCAGAGCCCCUGGUGCCUGCACAGGAUACAUCCUCCCAGGUGAAGCGAGAGGAAGCCCUGUGUGUCCGGGGUCAGCGGGGCCUGGAGGAAAGAGCCAUCCCCACGGAGUCCAUUACUGACUCCCCAAUUUCUGCCCAGGACCUCUUGUCCCGGAUUAAACAGGAGGAACACCAGUGCGUGUGGGAUCAGCAGGAUUUGGCAGAGAGAGAUAUUCCCACAGACCCCAAUUCAGAGUCCCUCAUCUCAGCACAUGACAUUUUGUCGUGGAUCAAGCAGGAGGAGCAGCCGUACCCAUGGGGCCCACGAGACUCCAUGGAAGGAGAGCUUGGAUUAGACUCUGGCCCCAGUGACAGCCUGCUGAUGGUGAAGAACCCGCCCCCGGCCCCGCCUCAGCCCCAGCCCCAACAGCAGAGCCUGCCUCCGCUGGCAGUGGCGGAGAACCCGGGUGGUCCCCCGAGCCGCGGGCUGCUGGACGACGGCUUCUCGGCGCUCCCCGGGGAGCGCGGCGCGGGCGAGGCGCAGCCGGGCGGGGAGGGCGGCGCGGGCGGCGGCGGUGGCGGCGCGGGAGCAGGUGCAGGUGCAGGCGCAGGUGCGGGCGGCGGCUGCGGCAGCUGCUGCCCCGGCGGGCUGCGGCGGAACCUGCUCCUGCACGGCGCGCGUAGCAAGCCCUACUCGUGCCCCGAGUGCGGCAAGAGCUUCGGCGUGCGCAAGAGCCUCAUCAUCCACCACCGCAGCCACACCAAGGAGCGGCCCUAUGAGUGCGCCGAGUGCGAGAAGAGCUUCAACUGCCACUCGGGCCUCAUCCGCCACCAGAUGACACACCGCGGCGAGCGGCCCUACAAGUGCUCCGAGUGCGAGAAGACCUACAGCCGCAAGGAGCACCUGCAGAACCACCAGCGGCUGCACACGGGCGAGCGGCCCUUCCAGUGCGCGCUGUGCGGCAAGAGCUUCAUCCGCAAGCAGAACCUGCUCAAGCACCAGCGCAUCCACACGGGCGAGCGGCCCUACACGUGCGGCGAGUGCGGCAAGAGCUUCCGCUACAAGGAGUCGCUCAAGGACCACCUGCGCGUGCACAGCGGCGGCCCGGGCCUCGGCGCCCCGCGGCCCCUCCAGGCGUCGUCCGAGCGAGACUAGGGCUGGGCUGGGGGGACGGGGAGGGCCG